CCCUUCUCUCCCACCUGCUGGCUACUGCAGAACUUCGAGUCUGCGGCUGCAACUCCACAUCGCAAGGGCCAGCCGACACGAUACGGUCGCCGCCUGCCCGGGGAACGAGUGAACGACAUGUGGGGCCUACCUCGGGGGAGGAAGAGCCCCUCGGGGUUCUCGCCGUCGUCCACAGCGGAGGAGGUCACCGCCGGCAUCGACGGCUCCGGCCUCGUCGCCAUCGUCACCGGCGCAUCCAGUGGGAUUGGAGCUGAAACAUGUAGAGUUCUUGCACUGCGUGGCGUGCAUGUCGUGAUGGGGGUGAGAAAUCUGUCCACUGCCUCACAGGUGAGGGAGAAGAUUGUGGGACAAGUCCCCACGGCCAAGAUUGAGAUCCUUGAGCUUGACCUUAGCUCAAUGUCAUCCGUGAGAAGAUUCGUCGACAAUUUUGAUGUGCUGGACCUCCCACUGAACAUUCUUGUUAAUAAUGCAGGGAUUGCAUUUGUUCCUUUCAAGCUUUCAGAGGAUGGCAUUGAGCUGCAUUUUGCAACAAAUCACCUUGGACAUUUUCUACUGACUGAUCUUUUACUUGAGAAGAUCAAUGUUACGGCUAAAGAGAGUGGCAUAGAAGGAAGGAUUGUGAUAGUUGCUUCUGACAGCUACAAGCAUUCAUAUCGAGAGGGAAUUCGUUUUGAUAAGAUCAAUGAUGAGUCUGGCUAUAACAGCAUAUUAGCCUAUGGCCAGUCCAAGCUUGCAAAUAUAUUGCAUUCAAAUGAACUGUCUAGCCACUUGAAGGAACAAGAUGCAAAAGUGGUUGUCAACUCCCUUCAUCCUGGAGCUGUUGUCACCAACAUUGCACGCUACUGGGGUUUCCUAAAUGGUCUUCUUUCCUCACUUGGUAAAUUUGUACUAAAAGGUGUUGAACAAUGUGUUAUCUGGCAUUGCAUCCUCAGGUUGCUGGAGUCACGGGCAGUUACUUUGUGGAUUGCAAUACUGUUCAACUGAAAUCUCAUGCCACCGACAAGGAGCUCGCCAAACGACUCUGGGAUUUUAGUAUGAGCCUACUCCGUUGAUUCAAAUUGGUAUAUAACAAAUGUGUAGUAUUAUUUCUGAAAACAGAACCAUGUAAAGAAAUUAAAAUAGUAAUGCUAUGUCUUCACAGAUUUGUACAAAAAAAAAUGUAAAGGGUGUGUGUACGUUUGGCAGAAGAUCUAGAUUCCAAAUGAAUACAUGGUUACAUGGGUACAAAGUUACCCAUCUAUA